CUUUCACAAUGCUAUACUACUUAAUAACAUUAAUAAUAACUCUACUUGUCAUCAAAUGCUCGAAAUUAAAAGACAAGUUUGCGAAUACAUCAAUUCCUUAUAUAAAACCAUGGCCAAUUUUUGGAAACAUGGCGGAGCCGCUGUUUCGGAAAAUUUCAUUAGCGGAACAUUUGCAAAAAUUUUAUAAUCUUAACAAAAAUUCAAAGUACUUUGGAUUCUAUGAUUUCAACUCACCGGUGAUUGUGAUUAGUGAUCCAGAAUUAGUGAGGGAAGUGGGAAUAAAAAGCUUUGACAACUUUACUGAUCACCGAGGGUUCGCGGAUCCGAGUUUGGACCCGCUGUUUAGCAAGAAUUUGUUCUCACUUCGAGGUGAUGAGUGGCGAGAAAUUCGUAAUCUGUUGAGCCCAGCAUUCACGUCAAGCAAGAUGAAGACUAUGUUCAAAUUAAUGCGUGUAUGCAGUGAAAACUUUGUAAACUAUUUUCAUGAGCGUGCAAAAAGUCAGUUAUUUACCCUCAGGACUAAGGAUGCAUUUACUCGCUACACUAAUGAUGUGAUCGCGAGCUGCGCUUUUGGAAUUACCGUCAACUCGCUCCGAGAUCCAGAUAAUAAGUUUUACAAAAUCGGUCGUAAGUCAACAAAUUUUGACGGAAUUUUGUCAUUGAAAUUUUUUUGUCUAAGAAGUUUUCCAACUUUAUUUAAAUUACUGAGGAUCAAACUCUUCGAUAAAGAAACGGAUGAUUUUUUUCAAAAAGUCGUCAGUGAUACGAUCAAAGCACGCGACCAAGAAAAUAUUUACCGACCGGAUAUGAUUCAGUUGAUGAUGGAGUCAAGGUCUAGUUUGAAUGAACUUACGAUCCAAGACAUGACAGCUCAAGCAUUUAUUUUUUUUUUCGGAGGCUUUGAUUCAACCUCUGAAUUUUUGUGCUUUGUAGCCCACGAGCUGGCGGAAAAUUUUCAGAUCCAAGAAAAAUUACGACAAGAAGUUGAUCAAGUCUAUGAUGAAUUUGAUGGAAUGCCGAGUUAUGAAGCGAUCAAUGGGAUGAAAUAUUUAGAAGCUGUACUCAAUGAGACAAUGAGACUCUAUCCGAUUGCGAUUUUUAUCGAUCGGGUUUGUGUCAAAGACUACGAGCUCCCUCCUGUGAUGCCUGGGGAAGAGAAAUACCUUCUAAAGACCGGUGACUGCGUCUGGUUUCCAAUCUAUCCCAUUCAUAGGGACCCAGGUUACUAUUCCGAGCCGGAUAAAUUCAAUCCCGAACGAUUUCUGGACAAUGGAAUAAUCACUAGUAAUUCACCGACUUACAUUCCGUUUGGUAUUGGACCCAGAAUGUGCAUUGGCAAUAGAUUUGCGUUGCUGGAAACCAAAAUAAUAUUUUUUUAUUUAAUCAGAAAGUGUUUUUUGAAACCGAGCAAAAACAUGAUAAGACCGAUGAGAUUAAGUAAGAAAAGUUUUACUCUGGCUGCGGAAGGUGGAUUUUGGGUUGACAUUGAAUCGAGAUUUUAGGGGAAAACGGGUCAUUUAAAUUUUUUUAAAAAUCCUUUAUUCUUAAUAUCGAAACUGGGGUAAAAUAGUCCGUCUAAUAUUUUCGAAUUUCAAAAAAAAUUUUAAUAAUUUUUUUUAAAAAUUCUUUGAAUUGGGGUAAAAUAGGUCGUUAAAAAAUUUUGAAUUUAUACAAAUGUAAUAUUUAACGAUCUAUUUUAUCUUUUAAUAAAAAAAGUGAAUUGCUAUGCAAAUAAAUAAAUUUAUAAUGCUAAUAAUAGUAAUAAUAAUCAAUAUUAUAAUGUAUGCAUGAGUAGCAUUGUGUAAAUGUCAACGUCAUCGACAAUGUUACAAUUUGUCAAUAACAAUCACGUCAUAUAUAUAUAGACAUGUGUGUAAUACAUAAUAGAGCGAGUACAGUAGGAUAUAAACUGCAUCUGAUGUUAAUAGAUCGAUUAUCUGUAACAGUAAGCAGUAAAAUAGUGGAAACAACUUAACAGUGACGCCUACGUCGUAUCUUAACGCGAAACCAACUAAUCGAUUAAACUCCAAGCUUUUGUUACAACUAAAUAUAAACCGCAAUCUGUCUUGUGCAACUCAAUUUAAUCACUUUGAAUUCUGUAAUAAGUUAUUUAAUAAGAAAUAAAAAAAUUUUUA